AUGGCCCACCACCACGCCGACAUCAGUCCGCGUCGCCCGGGCUUGACGUGCCUCAUCCUCCCCCUUCUCCUGGUACUCCUCGUCUGCGCCAAUUUAAGCGUGGGUGCGCCAAACAACGACACGCGUGGACAUGCAGCUGAGGACCACCGUCGGGACCACCAGGGUAACACAACGAAGGCUUUUCCGGUUCUGUCAUUCAAUUACGAGCACGUCCGGAAGCCCUUCGAGAUCUCGCUAUGGAUUCUACUUGCACUGCUCAUGAAACUCGGCUUCCACAUCAUCCCCCGAGUGUCGCACGUGGUCCCCGAAAGCUGCCUGCUGAUCUUUGUGGGGCUUCUGGUAGGGGGCGUCAUCAAGGCCGUCCGCCAGACGGCGCCCGUGCUGGACACCAAGCUCUUUUUCCUCUACCUGCUGCCGCCCAUCAUCCUGGACGCCGGCUACUUUCUGCCCAUCCGGCCCUUCACCGAGAACCUGGGAACCAUCCUGGUGUUUGCUGUGGUGGGCACCCUGUGGAACGCCUUCUUCGUGGGUGGUGGCAUGUACGGCGUCUGCCUGCUGGAGGGCGAACAGCUGGCCGGCGUUGACCUGCUGUCCUGCCUGCUCUUCGGCUCCAUCGUGUCAGCUGUGGACCCCGUGGCCGUGCUAGCCGUCUUUGAGGAAAUCCACAUCAACGAACUGCUGCACAUUUUAGUCUUCGGGGAGUCGUUGCUCAAUGACGCCGUCACCGUGGUUUUGUACCACCUGUUCGAGGAGUUCUCCCACGCCGGUGUGGUAACGGUGCCCGACGCCCUACUCGGGGUGCUGUGCUUUUUCGUGGUAUCAUGCGGCGGCAUCCUGGUCGGCGCAAUCUACGGGCUGCUGGGCGCCUUCACCUCCCGCUUCACGUCGCACACACGCGUCAUCGAGCCUCUCUUCGUCUUCCUCUACAGUUACAUGGCCUACCUGUCGGCCGAGGUCUUCCACCUGUCGGGCAUCAUGUCGUUGAUAUCAUGCGGAGUGGUCAUGCGUCCCUAUGUUGAGGCCAACAUCUCGCACAAGUCAUACACCACUGUCAAAUACUUCCUGAAGAUGUGGAGCAGUGUGAGCGAGACCCUCAUCUUCAUCUUCCUCGGCGUCUCCACCGUGGCAGGGCCGCACGCCUGGAACUGGACCUUCGUCAUCGUCACGGUGGUCCUCUGCCUCGUCUCCAGAGUGCUGGGCGUGGUGGGCCUGACGUACGUCAUCAAUAAGUUUCGCAUCGUCAAGUUGACCAAGAAGGACCAGUUCAUCGUUGCUUAUGGGGGCCUGCGAGGCGCCAUCGCUUUCUCGCUGGGCUUCCUGCUGACAGACAGCAAGAUGAAGCACUUGUUCCUCACCGCCAUUAUCACCGUCAUUUUCUUCACCGUCUUUGUCCAGGGGAUGACCAUCAGGCCACUGGUGGAGCUCCUAGAAGUGAAGAAGAAGAGACAGUGUGACGGCUCCAUCAAUGAGGAGAUUCACACGCAGUUCUUGGAUCAUCUUCUUGUGGGAAUUGAGGACAUCUGUGGUCAUUAUGGACACCAUCAUUGGAAAGACAAGUUGAGUCGCUUCAAUAAGACUUACGUUAAGAAGUGGCUCAUUGCGGGUGACCGUUCCACCGAGCCACAGCUGCUCUCCUUCUACAACAAGAUGGAAAUGAAGCAGGCCAUGAUGAUGGUCGAGAGUGGCAGUGUCAACAUUUUCAAGCCGUCCCCGAUGGUGCCUGACAUCGAGCCCGAGUUCCCGUCCCGACGUAGGGUGAACAUAUCCAAAAGUCGCGAGAAGGAAAUUCGAAAGAUGUUGCACUCCAACAUGCAAAAGAAUAGGCAACGGCUUCGUUCGUACAGUAGGCACGACCUGAUGAUCGACCCCUUCGAAGAUGACGAGAGCGAAAUUCACUUUAGGAAACGAGUGGAGAUGGGGAGAAGGAUGAGCCACUAUCUCACAGUGCCCGCAAAAAGGCCGGAACCACCUCCCUCUGUGAGACGGGUUGCCUUCCAACAAGAACAUCGAGUGUACACGUACGACGAUAGCGAAAGCAGCAGAGAUCCACCGCCGACAGAGGCCAAGACGAACCCGAGCUCGCCCAACACCGUCGACCUGCUGAACGAAUUCAGUCGCGGGCUUCGGGAAGAAGAGGAGAAUGAAGAACAGCAGCACAUAGCGCUUCGUCGUCUUAGUGACCCUGGUCCAAAGUAG